GCACACUGGUGUCACAUCAUCGUGUCACUGUCACUUCGCCAGUGUCAAAAAUCUACGUUAAAAUCAGUUAAAAACUUUUAUUGACUAAGCAAAAGGGCAAUAAAAUUAAGUUUUUCCAGUACUGAAAGUAAAUUUUCUUUUUCUAACUUCGUUCUGUUAUUGUAAAGUUAACUGUGCAAGUUCCUAUUUUAAAGGUAACGGAAAUUUAAGCAGCCGCUUACUUUUUGGAAAAAAUGUUCAUUUGGGAUUGGUUUACUGGAGUUUUGGGAUAUUUAGGAUUGUGGAAGAAAUCUGGCAAGCUACUUUUCCUGGGCUUGGACAAUGCUGGAAAAACUACCCUUUUACACAUGCUCAAGGAUGACCGGCUCGCACAGCAUCUUCCCACUCUUCAUCCUACAUCCGAAGAAUUAUCCAUUGGUAACAUGAGGUUCACUACAUUUGAUUUGGGCGGACAUUCUCAGGCCAGGAGGGUGUGGAAAGACUAUUUCCCGGCGGUGGAUGCUAUCGUAUUUUUAGUAGACGCCAAUGACAGGCCUAGGUUUUUCGAAAGCAAAGCCGAAUUGGACUCGCUGCUGACGGAUGAGAGUUUAGCCAAUUGCCCAGUACUUAUCUUAGGCAACAAAAUUGAUUUGCCGGGCGCAGCUUCGGAGGAUGAGCUUAGAAAUUUUUUCGCUCUAUUUGGACAGACAACCGGCAAGGGCAAAGUACCAAGAUCGGACCUACCCGGGCGCCCCUUAGAAUUAUUUAUGUGCUCGAUUUUGAAGCGACAAGGUUAUGGCGAAGGUUUCCGCUGGUUAGCCCAAUAUAUUGAUUGAGUGUUGAAAUCCUUUUCCGAGUUUGUUUCGUAACGUUUUUAAAACUUUAUAGAUAAUUUGUUUCUAAAUUUGAUUAAGCCCUACCUUCUCUAAAUUCAGUCCCAUAUUGGUAAUUUUAUGGCCCACUGUUGUAUUUUUAAAGCAACUUAUCUGUAAAGUUUUCGCUGCCAUUUCUGGAUGUAAAGAAAACUUUGAAAUAAGUUUACAUGUAUUUUUUUAUGUUUCAUUGGUUCAAUUAAUAAGUGGCCCCUCGUCUUUUUUUUUCUGUAAAUUAUUGCCCAGGAGAUUGUUGUAAAAAAUUGUUUUUACCUCUGUAUAAAAAAAUGAUAUUAAAUGCCCCCCCCCACCCCCAUUUUUUUUUUAAAUU